CUGCCAUUCUGGAGAAAAGGCCCUUGUUUCUUGUCCACUGCUUGGUUCCCUUCCUUGCCUGCCACCCCAGUCGGGUCCCGUCUUGACAGUUCCUUCGCCUUGUGCCGCCCGUGUCUGUGUCUGGUCCGUUGAAAACCUCUGUUCUCCAAGAUCCAAAAAUCCGCUUUUCUCCUGGAAUCGAUCCCACCUUGGCCGGCGCCAGCUUGCUUAAGAGAGAACAUUGUAUCGACCAUCCCUAUCUACAGUAAAGACUUGAUAUUCGAUAGACACUUUGCGCUCGCCGUCGCCCGCCACCCGGCUAGCUCCGCCCACCCUCAAAAAUUCAAAGAAAAAGAGCCAGCCGACACCAGACUUGGUUCCCCCAAAAGACCAUCUUCCCGAUGGGCAAAUCAGACCAGAGCAUAUAGCGAUUCUGCGGUCCACCUUUAUGCCCUUCCCGCACCAUCUCGAGUUCCAUCUGUCUUCCUGGCCUUGGCGACCGCUCCCUCACAGCAGGCCGCCACGCCAGUCCGCCGAGGGAGGCUCUGGCACGACCACGAGCUAGUCGUCCGGCGAGAGAGAGAACCCCUUCGGUCCCGACCUUGACCACGACCACCACGUCGACAUUUCCAGUCCCCGACCGGUAUCCCGGCUGGCUCAGAACACGCUUCUGAGUCGGCAUAGGCGUAUGCCUCGCGUGUCCCAAUCCGCAAAGCGACAGCAGGGUGCGAACAACCAGCGCGACACGAGACAUGAAGGUGGCCUUGUAGGCCCGGGCAAGCGCAUUCCCAAGCAUCAAAGAAGUCACCAGCAGCUCGCCGCCCUCGAUCAACGCCCUACUGCUGCUGUCGUCGAUAAUGCUGUCCCCACCGCAGCCGUCCCCCAACAAAACAAUAACCACAACAGCACGACUGCUGCCAAUGCUUUCCCCGCCCUGCCCGACGACAACAACACCACCAUGGCCGCCGAGUCUCUGCGCCGCGGCUCCCUGGGCGGCGCCUACUCCGAGUCAGAGUCCGCCGAGUCGCUCACCUUUCCGCCCCUGCAGUCUUCCCACGAGGAAAACCACCGUCAGAUCAACGUGAACGAUGCCAAGAACACAAACGUUCACCGUGACCCCGGUCCCGUCGAAUAUGCCCUGACCGUACUCAAGUCCUGCCCGAUCUACGAUACCAUCGCCAUCCUCAUCAUCCUGAUGCAGUUGUCUCCAGCCUUCCUCGCCAUUGUCUACAUGCUCUUCACCCUCUUGACCUUUGUUCCUCCUGUUACCACUAGUUCCGGGCUGACCAUUGCCGACAUCUUUGAUGGGAACCAGGGCACGCCCUCGCUCACGACGCUGGUCUGUAUGGACGUGGCUGUGUUGGGUAUAUGGCUAUUUCUGUGGGCUCCCAUGCAGCAAUUCAUAUUGGAUUUAGCCCAGGUUGUCAUAUCCCUUACCCUCGGAGGAGGUGGCAGCUCAAGGACGAGCACGUCAAACAGCAUCUUCCUCUGCGUCGCCAUCAUUACAGCUUCCCAAUGGACGAGACAGGCUAGGUGGAAUGGUCUCACCCAUUUGAGUACCCUCUUUGGCACGAAUCGCUUCUUUCCAACCAACCAUGGUGAUCCUUUCGAGCACACCGUACGCGCUUUCGAGAAAAAGGGACCAUAUGGCUGGGUUAGAAGCGUUUUGGCUAUACAUAUUCUUACACAGGGACUGGUACGGUACAUUCGGGAGUGGUAUUUACGCAGGGAACGGCGAGAUUUGCAGUCACAGAGUCAACUGGAUCCGGAGGCUGGCAAGACUGUGUCGUUUUCAGACAGCUGCUCCGACGCGGCGCUGAUGGCAGCCGAUAGCGACGCCCAUCUGCAAACAAGUACGGGUACUGUUUCGAACAAGAAGAGACGAAAGCAGAGCGCCCAAGUGAGGAUACGACAGCCUCUCUGGGCCGCCCUGGCUAGCACCAAAAUUGUUAUGGUGAAGGAGUAUGAGCUUUCCCAUGCGGCUUCCGAAUCAGCCGGUAGCAACGCUACGGAUAUCCACAACUUGGGGAACGCGCCGUUUAAUACACAGCCGGAACAGAUUUGGAUUUGUUACAUUGGCAGCGACGAAGUCUGCUUCAACACUAGUUACUUUCCCGACUUUCCUGAUGACGAAACCGUUGAUGAGGCUGGAACCCCUGGCGUCAGCAUCGCCAAGCCCUUUUAUGUCCGAGUCAACAACGCGAAAUGGCAACCGACACGCAUCAUUCCUAUUGAAGGCACCGAAGAAGACAAGCACCAAGGCACCCGCUGGACAGGCGACAUCUAUGGACUUACCCCCUUAUCCAACUAUGCAUGCGAAUUUGUCAGCACUCAAACCGACCAGGUUAUCUACAAGGCCAAUGUCAGGACCGUCCAGGCCAAGAGUAGGGAUCCCGAGGCACCCGCAAAGGCAGCACCUACUAACCAGCGCGUUGAUAACGUUCGCCACGACUCCCCGGUUACUACCCUGAGGGCUUCGAUUGCGGCUGCCGAGAUCAAGCUGGCUGACGAAAAGGCCCGGCUCAAGACUGCGCGCAAGGAAAACAACCGUAGGGUCAACGCUGCCAAGAAGGAGAUUGAGAAACUCACGGCAGCUGUCCAGUCCGCGGGAGGUGAUGAUGACAAGCUCAAGCAAAAAGUGGCCCAGAACAAGAUCCAGGAGAAGCGAGCCGAGGAGGCCAUUGCGCAGCUGGAAGCCGAACUCAAGGAGCUUGAAUCCAUCCCCGAGGAACUACUUGCGGAAUACCGCUCCAAACAGAGCACUUGGAAGUCCGAGAAGGGUCGCUAUGAGGAAGCCCGCUCUGCAUUCAAGAGCUUCAAAGCCACGCUCGAGUCCGAGGUCAAGGUCCUGAAAGAUGAGCAAACCAGCCUGCAAGCCAAGCACAAGAAGAUUGAAUCGCGCAUCAACAAGGUCAAGGAGGAGCACAAGCGCAUAACGGACGCCAAUGCUCAGGGCCUUGGUGAAGCUGAACGCCGGCGCCAGAACCGCGCCACCCUCGAAGCAGACAUUGCCACGGCCGAGAGGCAUCUCACUGAUCGCAUCAAUUCCGUUAAGAGCAUGAACAUGGCGAAGCAGGCACAGAUCACCGACUUGAGCAACCAGAUUCACGCGUAUCUGUCUAGUGUGCAGGAGGAUAUGGCGUACAGCCAUGCGGCGGCUGUUGCUGGCAGUCAGUACCCGCAAGCAAAUAAUGCGAGCACUGGCUGGGGAAUGCCUCCCGUUGGUCCAACCGCCGCAGCAGCAGCUGGUAAUAGCACCUUUGCCCACUCGCCGGCUCAGACUCUUUGGCCCGCAGCCACUGCCGCGGCAUCAGGUUCCUCGUCUCUAGGACCCCAGACUGGUUCAGCAGCUCUUCUCCCCCCGCCACCGAUUGGAGGACCCUUCAGCAAUCCCCUUCAGCCGCAACAGCAUUCUCAGCAACCGGCUAUUGGCACUCCGGCUCAGCAACGCAGGGCAAGAGGCAGAUCCUCGUCGAUGCUUAGUGACAUCUCAGGAUUUACCGAGUCCACAGAUGAAGAUGAGCGUGAGAGACUCGAACGCGAAAGACUUGCACUAAGACAUGGUCAGCAUCAUCAACAUCAGCACAGCAACCCGAAUACCAUCUUCGGCACCCCGGGCUCAAUGCGCGGAGCACCGCCCGGUUUUGGCUUCCCAACUCGUCAGCAGCGACUCGCCGGCAACAACGGAACCUUUGGUCCCAUCGGCGGUGGCUCGACCUCGGGCUCCAACGGAUUCACCAGUGGUACUGCCUUGGGAUCCGGCUCCGGCUCCGGCUCGGGUUCCGGGUCUGCCGUUGUCUCUGUUGGGUCGGGAUCUGUUUCAGGUUCAGCCUUGGGUUCCGGUGUUGACUCUGGUCGUAGCAGCGUCAGGUCCGCCGGAGACAGUGCUGGUAGUGCUAGUGCUGGAGGAAGCUCCAAAGAUCCUGGUAGCCCUAGCGAUCGUUGAGCUUUCCUUUAGUCUGCCGUGCUUGGCCUGCAUGCCUUGCCUGUCUGUUGCGCCUGUUUGGCCUGCCUGUUCGUUCUGCUUGUGCUUGCUUGAGUGCUGUCUGCUGGUCUGUUUGACCAGUGUCUUCCGUUCGUUCGUGUCUUGGAUAGAUCGCGGCUGGGAUGAUUGCUAAGCUGGUGCGCUUGACCGCCUGAGUGUCGUGGCUGAAGUCAUACCGGCGAUGUGGUGGAUGUGCCUAAGGCGACGUCACUUGUCGGCCGUGGAAACUUGAUGUCGCUUGUCGUGGAUCCUCGUUGUGGACGAUGUGGGCUUUAUCUGGCUGGCCUGAUGUGUUGACGGCACUUGAGCCGGGAAAAGAUGUACCUAGCGUAGUAUGAUAAUCCGAGCGGACCAGUCCUUGUUUGUUUUUCUCUUCAUCUUCAUCGAUCCUCUCAAGUGAUUCUGUUCUGCCUCCGCUGUCGGAUCUUGAACUGACUGUCGUGUAGUGGCUGAAUGCUAGAAACCGAGCAGAAGUUGUGUAGCUCAAUUGAAAGGGAUACACCG